AUGGCUCUAAGAGGAAGACAACCAGCAGUUUUUAGAUAUAACAUAAUCGCAGAAAUGAGGCAGGUGCUGCAGCUUACUGAGAAGAAUGCCCUCUACAGGGCUCUGCAUACUGACCUGGAGGAAGAGAUAAUUAGGCUAGAGUGGGUUAGCAAGCUAACGUCUGGAGAGGAUUCAUAUAAUCAUUUAGUUACCUACCCAAUCGACUAUAGAACUAUUAGGGCCUUGAAGCCUACAUUCAUACGGAAGGCUUCGAGGAACUCUCAGAGAAUAGUAGCAGCCCUCAAUGUUCUUAUCGUUGAUCAAACCCAGAAGUCCAGUAGAAUACACACCGUAUAG